AUGGGCACUGACGGCUCUGGGAAGUUGUGGUGGCGGCUGCUGCCCCUGCUGUUGCUGCUGCUGCUGCUGCUGAGCCCCACGAGGUCCGGAGCCCAAGAGCAGCUGGACGGAGACAGGGAGGGCUUGGGGCUCUCCCUGCCGUUGGAGUUCCAGGAUAGCUCCAUAACCAUCAUAUACCGGAGCUCCGAGAGUUCCUGGAAGGUGCCCAACACCUACCUGGUGGUGUUCAAAGAAUCCCAGAGGCAGGAGAUGGAGAGGAUUGUUAACUACCUGGAGGCCCAGGCUAACAGUGAAGGCUUCAUGUUUGAAGUGCUGCAUGUCUUCAAAGACCUCUUCCCUGGUAUCCUGAUGAAGUCUGACAAUGUGGGUGCACUGGACAUGGAGAAUUUCAUCGAGGAGGAUUCCUUGGCCUUUGCACAGAGUCUCCUCUGGAGCCCGCAUCUGAUUUCUCCUCUGUGGAACCAGUCUUUGAAUGGUGUAUGGCAAAUGCGACACGAGGAAAUCAAGGACAGGAUCAUCAUCUCUAACAUUGGGAAGGUGCCUGAGGAGGAGUGGAUGAACAACAGUGCACACAGGACCCAGGAGGCCAAUUGUGAAAGCCAUGGCACCCACCUGGCAGCAGUGGUCAGUGGGAAGAAUGUCGGCAUAGCCAAGAACAUCAACAUACAUAGUGUGCGUGUGCUCAACUGCCAAGGGAAGGGCACGGUCAGCGGGAUCCUCAUGGGCUUGGAGUUUAUUUGGAAAAAGCUGGUCUCCAAGCCCCCCAAGAGGUUGGUAGUGCUGCUGCCCCUGGUGAGUGGCUACAGUAGGAGCAUCAACAGUGCCUGCAAGCGCCUGGCAAGGGCUGGGGCAGUGCUGGUGGCCGCGGCGGGCAACUUUCAGAGCAAUGCCUGUGCCUACUCCCCGGCAUCGUCUCCUGAGGUCAUCACAGUAGGAGCUGUUGAUUCCCAGAACCAGCCUUUCACCCAGGGACCCCUUGGGACCAACUAUGGCUCCUGUGUAGACAUCUUUGCUCCUGGGAAACUCAUUGUCAGUGCUGCCAAAGACUGUGACAUUUGCUAUGUAAUGAAGAGUGGGACUGCACAGGCGGCUGCCCACGUGGCUGGCAUUGCAGCCCUGAUGCUCACUGCUCAACCAAAUCUCACUGUGGCUGAGCUCAGGCAGAAGCUGAUCCACUACUCUAUCAGCAACGUUAUCAACACCACCUGGUUCCCAGAGGAAGAGCGAGACAUGACCCCCAACCUAGUGGCCGCUCUGCCCUCCACCACCCAGGAAACAGGUGAACAGCUGUUCUGCAGGACUGUGUGGUCGGCACCCUGGAACCUCAGGCUGACAAAUGCUGCUGAAGCUCACUGUGACCCAGAGGAGGAGCUGCUGGGCUGCUCCAGUUUCUGCCAGAGUGGGAAUCGGGAGGGCGAGCGCGUGGAGACAAAAGGGAACAGACGCAUUUGCCUGGCAUUUGGAUACGGCCAUGUUUCUGCGGUGGCCCGAUGCUGCCUGCUCCCCAAAGCCAACUGCAGUGUCCAUACAGCCCCUCCAGCCUUGAUGCGAAUGAAGACCUAUAGCCACUGCCCGCAUCCUGACCAUGUCCUCACAGGCUGCAGCUCCCAUUGGGGAAUGGAGAACCUUGGUGUCUACCUGCAUACUACACAGAAGCACCGUCUUGAUCAGCUCAGUUGGUGCUCAGGGCACAAGGAGGCCAGUGUCCAUGCUUCCUGCUGCCAUGCUCCGGGCCUGCAGUGCAAAAUAAAGAAGUACAGGGCAUUGCGCCCCUUGGAAAAGGUCACCGUGACCUGUGAUGCAGGCUGGACCCUGACCAGCUGCAGUGCCCAUCCCGAGACCUCUGUUACCCUGGGAGCUUUCCCAAAGGACAACACAUGUGUGGUGAGGCACCAGCGCACUGACAAUACAGCAACAACCAGUAAUGAAUUUGUAAUAGUCAUUGCCAUCUGUUGCCGGAUCCAGCCCUCAGCCCUGAACCUGGUGAUGGUGACAAUCUUCGUGAUGAUGGUAGUAUUGGUUUUCAGUGCUAGUGUUGGUGUUUAUCGUUGUAGAGGUGAUGGUGGUUUUGAUGGUGAUGGUAAUGGUAAUGGUAGUCUUGGUGAUUAUGGAGGUGACGGUGAUUGUGGUGAUGGUAAUAGCGGUGGUGAUGAUGGUGAUGAUGGUAAUGAGAUGGUGAUAAACAUUGUGAUGGAGGAUAUAGUCAUGAUGAUAGCGAUGAUGAUGGUAAUGUUUAUGUUGGUGAUGGUGGUGAUGUUGAAGAUGAUGAUGCCACUGGAGCUGCACACGCAGAGACUGCUGGAUCCUGAGAAUUUGGGAACUGGCUGUGAACACCACUGCUCCAUCCACUUCUCUGUUUCUGCACAGCCUCUGCUCCACAAAGCUCAUGACAUUGACCUGCUUUCCAUUCAUUCACUGCCUAUGAAUGAAGGGCCUUCAGCAUGUCAGGCUGCCUUUGUGCCUGCUGACUCUGACUUCCAAGGUUCCCUGUUCCUGAAGGAAUUAGGCCUGCUGGAGAGCAUACUGGCUGACUUGAAUAGGCUAUGGGAGGAAGCUGCCUAUGACCAGAGCCUGCCCAACUUCAGCCACAUCCAGAUGAGGGUCAUGGGCUACAGUGAGGAACCCACCCGCUGCUGA